GAUUCUGAUAAUACCAUGUUUAGGUUCCAAUAAACAAAAAAUAGUGAUGGCUGCCUGGAGUGAUAAUGAAGUCCCUACACCCAGUGAACGUAGAAGUUUUUUUCGUGAUAAUGAUGCUAAAUCGUCUUCCAGAUCUCCCUCAAUCGGUUCUUUUGAAAUAUGGCCAAGUUUCCUUGUUUCUAAAACACUUCCUCACAAAAUCUCGGAUAAAGCUCGAGAUCCAGUCAUAAUUGAACGGCGGAAUCUAGUAAAUAUAUCAAAACUCAUCGUAAAAGAGCUGAUUGAAACUUCUAUUAAAUAUGGCAGAAUGCUCGAUUCAGAUCACAUGCCAUUGCAGCAUUUCUUUAUAGUGUUAGAGCAUGUACUACGCCAUGGAUUACGGCCCAAAAAGGGUCUGUUGGGUCCCAAAAAAGAACUUUGGGAUCUCUUGCAGUGGGUUGAAAAAUUUACAACGGAAGCUCAAGAUAUAACCAGUAGUGUACGUGAUCUGCCUACUGUAAGGACACAGAUGGGUCGAGCACGAGCUUGGCUGAGGUUAGCGCUAAUGCAAAAAAAACUUGCUGAUUAUUUAAAAAUUCUUAUUGACCAUAGAGAUGAUGUCCUUUGUGACUUCUUCGAGCCAGAUGCUCUCCUCAUGAGUGAUGAAGCCAUUAUAAUCGUUGGCCUUCUGGUUGGCCUUAAUGUCAUCGAUUGCAAUCUUUGUGUUAAGGAAGAAGAUCUCGAUUGUCAGCAAGGUGUUAUUGAUUUUUCUUUAUACCUCAGAUCCAGUCAUCAUACCUCAGUCGGAGACUCACCGGAGGAGGAUUCAGACUUAGAUAAUAUGACAACUGUUUUAGAUCAAAAAAAUUAUAUUGAGGAGUUAAACAGGCAUCUGAAUGCUACAGUCGCAAAUUUACAAGCUAAAGUUGAAUCUCUCACAACAACCAAUGCUUUAAUGAAGGAAGAUUUGGCAAUUGCGAAGAAAAAUAUUAUGGCAAUCACUGAAGAAAAUGCUUAUUUAAAGGCUGAUAAAAAGUUGGAUACAAUUAGCGAAAAAGCAGAAGAGGAUUCUUCUAAAGAGAAAGAAAUGGCUAAAGAAAUUGAACGCCUCAAGCUAGAAUUGGAAGCCGAGAAAAAAAAAUCAACAGAGGUCCAACAUGAACUUGAUCUACAGAUAAGUUUAAAAGCUGAAAUGGAAGUUGCAAUGAAACUGCUGGAAAAAGACAUUCACGACAAACAAGACACAAUAAUUUCUCUGAGGAGGCAGUUGGAUGAUAUAAAACAGAUCAAUUUGGAUAUGUACAGAAAAUUGCAGGAAUGCGAGAUUGAGCUGACCGAGAAAGGAGAGAUGGUGACAAGGCUUCACAACAAAACGAUGCAGAUUGGCCAGCUUCUUGAUGGCCUGAAGAAGUGCCAAGAGAAACCCAAACCCAUAUACAAGAAAUAACCAUUGAACACCCUCCCUAACUGACACGCUACUAACUAGAUCUUCUCCUUCAGAUUUUGUUCUAUACUUUCUCUUGCAUUUUGUAUUUUAUUUCCUUCAUUUCAAUUUUCGUAUGUAUAUAUAUUUAUAAAAUUGUAGCAUGUUUUCACUUAUGAUGCUUUAAAAAGAGAGGCAUAAAUUUAAGCACAAAAAUAUUUAUAACAAUAUUUAUAGUAAUAUUAUUAACCAAUACAUUUUUCAAUUUAUUUUUCUGAGAGCCUAUUUUAUUAACCAUAACUAACACGUUAUUGAUGCCUUAAACAUUUUGUCGAUUUAGCUAUAUUGUAUAAGCACCUAAUAUGGAAAUGGGAACACUUUAUUGAUGAUCGUGUGCUUAAAUGUAUGCAAUUAGUACUUCCAUUGCAUGUCUUAAGACAUUAUAUUUUGUAUUCUCCAUAUGGCUUAAAUGUUGGUGUUAUAAGUGUCAGUUAUGGACUGUUGUUAAUUGGUUGUGUGGAUAUGUUAACUAUUAAGAAAUUGUUCAAAAAGUGUAAUGUAAUAACUGAG